AUGAACGACAGCAUCGACAAUAACUUAAAUCGCAAGUCAGGAUUUCGACAUCCCACUAUCCAAAGUGCAACAGAAACUCGACUACUGCAGAUAUCACGAAACCCUACGGAUCAAAGUUGGCAAUACGAUUUAGUUGUGGUAUCGCUGGAAGACUUGUCUUCUACCUCUUAUAGAGCUCUAUCUUAUACAUGGGGUAAGGCGACUUCAGCAGAUGACCUCCGAUCAAUACGAGUCGGCAAUCAGGAGUUCUUUGUGCGACAGAACCUCUUCGACUUUCUUGCUUCAGCAACAGCCAAGGAAGAAUGUGGACUUUUCUUCGUCGACGCCGUGUGCAUAAAUCAGCUCGAUUAUGACGAGCGGCAAGCGCAAGUUCAAGCAAUGGCUUUGGUCUACAGCCGCGCAACAUGCGUCAUUUCCUGGCUUGGAACAUUGCCACAGGAGUAUGACGAGGGCUGUCGAGCUCUGAGCCAAGCAUCAGAAGUGUCUUGUGCAAGGUGGUCAGAAAGAGAAUGGAAAGCGCUCAAGUAUCUCAGCUAUGCGCCGUAUUGGACACGUGUCUGGGUUGUACAGGAGGUUUUGCUGGCUUCUCACUUGACGAUAUGGUGCGGGCCUUUUACAUUCUCACCCACGCUCCUGGGCAGGACACCACAGGUCAGAGAAGCUGUUUACACGAAAUUUAGUGCAGACGGCAGGCCAAGUGUUUCGAGAAGCGAUACAAGCCGACUACGCUGCCCAUCAGAGGCCAUUCUUGCGCACAGAAUGAGACUUGUUCCCCGGAUGAAGAAGGACACUGCUCCGGAAGGAUGUGCUAUUGGGACUCUGGAAGACAUGGUGUCUGAUCUUCAAAAGCCUUCAAUGAGCUUUGAACCAUAUCAGUCUCGGGUUUCGGAUGAGCUCCAUAGCAUCAUGCGCAAAUUCGGCCGCCUACAAUGCACAGACAUACGAGACCGGUUAUACGGCUUCAUCGGUCUACUUGAUGAGAGGAGCCGCCAAAAGUUGAAUCCAGAUUACAACAGGAGUGUUGAGUAUGCCUUUUAUCAGGCGCUGAAAUUUGGAUUGUCGGAGCUAUGCCCAGGCUAUGGCGUCUCUGCUCGGGGACUUGGGGACUCCUGGAUUUCGUAUUUCUGCGAGGUACGAGACGCUUUCAAUAUGGGGGAUGAAAUCAGCGUACGGAUAUUCCGCCAAGUAUAUCGCGAACUCGAUUUCAAGACACGAAUGGAGGAUGUCCUCUUUCAGGAACAGUGGGAUAUCAACUAUGGCUGGAGAGGGGCGGAUGCCGUUCACUAUCGCGCCUUUACUCAUAUGAUCAUCGAUGAUGAACUGGACGAUGACGCAUUUUCGGAUGCUGAUAGACCGCUGUUGCUUAGGUUUCACAACAAACAACGGCAUUUAUUGGAGAAGAUGUGA